AUGGAGCCUUGGCCCUGGAUCUCCUCGCUGCUGCUGGUCCUCCUGGCCCUCAUCCUGCUUCUCCUGCUGUGGGGCAGAGUCCCCGGGGGGCUGCCGCCUGGCCCCCAGCCCCUGCCCCUGCUGGGAAACCUGCUGCAGCUACGAGGCCAGCCCCUCCUCUGCUCCCUGCUGCGGCUGCGGGAGCGCUACGGCCCCGUGUUCACCGUCCACCUGGGGCCUCGGCCGGUCGUGAUGCUGUGCGGCUACACGGCGGUGAAGGAGGCGCUGGUGGACCAGGCGGAUGACUUUGGGGCACGCGCAGAGAUGCCCAUGACCCAGAGGACAAGCAAGGGCUGUGGGAUUGCCUUCAGCAACGGCGAGACAUGGAAGCAGCUGCGGCGCUUCGCCCUGAGCGCCCUGCGGGACCUGGGCAUGGGCCGGCGCAGCAUCGAGGAGCAGAUCCAGGAGGAGCUCGGGCACCUGCUGGGGGAGCUACGGCAGACAGGAGGGGCACCCGUGGACCCCACCUUCCUGCUGCACCGCUCCGUGGCCAACAUCAUCUGCUCCAUGGUGUUCGGAGAGGGGUUCGACUACAGCGACUCCGAGCUCCAGGAGCUGCUGGACCUGACGCAGGAGAACGCACGGCGCUUGGACAAUAUCUGGGUGCAGCUCUACGCCCUCUUCCCGUGGCUCCUGGGGCCUCUGCCCGGCCCCCAUAACCGGCUGUUUGAAAACUUCGACGAGCAGAAGAGGUACGUGGCUAGGGUGGUCCGGAAGCAUGAAGACACCCUGGAGCCUGCAGCCCCCCGAGACUACAUCGACACCUUCCUCAUCAGGAUGCAGCAGGAGGAGGGAGACCCCAGCACUCAGUUCCACCGGGAGAACCUCCUUGUCUCCGCCCUGGACCUGUUCUUUGCUGGCUCAGAGACUACCAGCUCCACGCUGCGAUAUGGGCUCCUGCUGCUCCUCAAGUACCCCCACGUUGCAGAGAGGGUCCAGGAGGAGAUCCAGGCCGUGGUGGGGCCGAGCCGGCUGCCCUGCGGGGAGGACAGGCAAAGGAUGCCCUAUACGGAUGCCACUAUCCACGAGAUCCAGAGGUUCAUUGACAUUGUGCCCCUGGGGGUCCCCCGCAUGACCACGCGGGAUGCCCACUUCCGGGGCUACGUCAUGCCCAAGGGCACGACCGUCUUUCCCCUCCUGAAUUCAGUCCUCCAUGACCCUGCAUGGUUCCCAGACCCGGAGACCUUCGACCCCGCACACUUCCUGGAUGACAAGGGCAGGUUCCGGAGGAAUGCAGCCUUUGUGCCCUUCUCGGCAGGCAAGCGGGCAUGCCCCGGAGAGGGCUUGGCACGCACGGAGCUCUUCCUCUUCUUCACCAGCGUCCUGCAGCGCUUCGCCAUUGCGUCACCAGUUGGUGCCAAGGAGCUGGACAUCACGCCAGAGCACAGCGGGUUUGGCAAGGCCCCACCACGCUACCAGGUCUGCUUUACCCCGCGUUGGUGAUCCUGGAGCACGGGCACCACUGUGGGGCCCCAGGUCGGUUCGGAGCAGGUGACUGCACCUGAGGCCUCACCAUUAAAUAGAGCCCGUCUU